AUGGCUGCUGCUAGCACUAGUGGUUUUGAUCAGUAUAUGACUAUAUUUUCUCCCGAGGGGAGGCUUUUCCAAGUUGAAUACACUUUCAAGGCUAUCAGUCUCGAUGGCUUGACGUCGGUUGGCAUUCGUGGAGAGGACUGUGCUGUUGUUGCUUGCCAGUGCAAGUUGCCAGACAAGUUAAUUGAUCGUGCUUCUGUGUCGCGACUUUUCUCUCUGACGCCACGCACUGGAUGCCUCAUGACUGGCAUGAUGCCUGACUGUAGAUCGCAGGUCCAGCGUGCUCGAUACGAAGCUGCCAAUUUUAAGUAUAAAUUUGGUUAUGAAAUGCCUUGUGAUGUUCUUUUAAGACGAAUCGGUGAGAUUAAUCAAGUAUACACACAGUCCGCAGAGAUGCGACCUCUUGGUUGUUCCAUGAUGGCUAUCUCGUAUGACGUUGAGCUUGACUGCCCACAACUUUACAAAACCGAUCCCAGUGGCUUUGUUUCCGGUCAUCGGGCUGCAGCUGUAGGUACAAAGCAGAUGGAAGCAAAGAACUACUUGGAGAAAAAGUUGAGGAAGCAGCAGAAAUACACACUAGACGAAGCAAUCGAAGCAGCAAUCAGUUGCCUCUCACAUGUUCUGGCUCUCGAAUUUAAGUCUUCAGAGAUCGAAAUUGGUGUCGUCUCAAGAAAUGACCCUAUUUUCAGAGCAUUGACUCUCGAAGAGAUUGAUUCCCGUCUCACUCGGAUGGCUGAAAAAGACUAG